AUGGCCAGCAGACUCCGUUUGUCCUCCCUGUCUCCCUCCCUGUGUCUCUCCCUCCUGCUUCCUGCUCUGUUGCUCCUCCGCCUGCCCGGUUCGGUGAAAGGGGACUGCUGGCUGAUAGAGGGGGAUAAAGGCUACGUUUGGCUGGCUAUCUGCAGUCAGAACCAGCCUCCAUAUGAGACCAUCCCCCAGCACAUCAACAGCACGGUUCAUGACCUGAGGCUGAAUGAGAACAAACUUAAGGCAGUGCUCUUUAUCUCCAUGUACCGCUUCACAAACCUCACUGACCUCAAUCUCACCAAGAACGAGAUCAGCUACAUCGAGGAUGGGGCCUUUGCUGGGCAGGCCAACCUACAGGUUCUCCAGCUGGGCUACAACAAGCUGACCAACCUGACUGAGGGCAUGUUGAGAGGACUGGGUCGAAUGCAGUGCCUCUUCUUGCAACACAACCUCAUUGAGGUCAUUGCCACCAAUGCCUUCUGGGAGUGCCCCAACCUCAGCAGCCUGGACUUAUCUUCCAAUAAGUUAGCCCGUCUUGACCCGUCUACCUUCACUGUCCUCAGCAGACUGAUGGUAUGUGAACUGGCAGGAAACCCGUUCCACUGUGGCUGUGACCUCUAUAGUUUUCUGACCUGGCUGGAGGAGUUUAAUAAUGUCACCCACACCUACGACCGCCUCCAGUGUGAAACCCCUACAGAAAUGACUGGUUACCCACUCUUGAGCCAAGUGCCUGGACAUGGAAGAAAUGCUCGUUACAUUCUUUUUUCUGUCUGUCGUGAUGGUGUGAUAAUUCCAGGGAUGACCUCCCAGAUGCCAGAUCAAGAUGGCUCAGGGAUGGGUUUGGACAACCCAGAUCAAGGUCUGUAUCACCAGCCAACGAUAUCAUCCACUGCUGACCCCAACUAUAACCAUCAGAUUUCUAUGAAUCUUCAAACGGUCUCCUUCUACACUGCUUCUCUAAAGGUGCAGAUCCCUAAACCCUACAGUAAGAUGUACAUCCUCUCCCAGUACAACCACACUUAUGUUGCCGACAUCAUGCCCCUCAAAAAAAAGAGUGAGACCAUAACUUUGGACAAGCUGAAACCACACACCAACUACACUUUCUGUGUGGCUUCUGCGAGCAAAUCUCAGCGCUACAACCAUACCUGUCUGUCUUUUACCACACGAGCUAUGGGGCCAGAGGACCAGCGUACCAACCCAUCCACAACUACCCACUACAUCAUGACCAUCCUAGGAUGUCUGUUUGGCAUGGUCAUUGUGCUUGGAUUUGUCUAUUACUGUCUCAGGCGGCGACGUAUCCAGGAGGAAAAGGAAAAAGCUAUAAGUGUGAAGAAAACCAUUCUGGAGAUGAGGUAUGGCCCAGAGGCGGCUGCAGCAGUAGCUAAUGACCCAGGUGCCAUGCAGCGUCUCCAGGAGCAGGCUCACCACCAGCACCACCAUUCAGGAGCAGGAGGCAAGCUGCCACAAUCUGCCUCCUCUAGCACAGGCAUGCUCCAUGGCUCAGCCAACACCAGCUCGUCUCGCCUCUCUACGUUGCCACAAGUGGAAAAAAUGGCCACUGCCUUCUCUGAGGCAAUGGGCGGCAAGGGCAACUACAUGGAUGUGAGGACGACAGGAGUGGCAGGAGAAGGCAGGGAGGGAGUGGUGACAGCUGGAGGAACAGUGGUUGGAGGGGAAGUAGUUGUGGAUAUGCGAGGUGGGGCUGAGAAUGGGACAGAGGCCGGGGAGGAUUCAGAUGACGAUGGCCGUGGCUCAGCAUCAGAGAUCUCUACCAUUGCCAAGGAGGUGGACAAGGUGAACCAGAUCAUCAACAACUGCAUUGAUGCCCUGAAGCUAGAUGCAUCAGCUAAUGUCGUGACCACAGUUGACAAUGCCAACUCUUUGUCCACUGCCCAGCCUCCUUGUAUCGCGUCCCUUCCUCGCAACCUCCUGCCCCUCUCCCCAGGCCACCCUGGAGAUCAGAUCAUGGCCUCCUCUCCAAAGGUGCAUCCAAAGUCUCACCCUCAGCCUCACCCUCAGCCUCACCCUCAGCCUCAGCCCCAUCCUCAGCCCCAUCCUCAGCCACAUCCUCAGGCACAUCCCCAGUCACAUCCCCAGUCACAUCCUCAGUCACAUCCUCAGCCUCAUCCACAGCUACAUCAACAGCCUCAUCCACCCUCUAUGGCGCCGGUGCCCCUGGUCAUGCCCUUGUCUGAGCGGCCUGGCAUCAGUGGUGGUGGAUUUCUCUCCCCUCCUUAUCGUGACCCACCCCCAGCAAAUGCAGUGCGGCCCCUUCAGAGGCAGCUGAGUGCUGACACUGCUGUGGUGAAAAACCGUUGUGGUGCCCCCGCUGCAGGAUCUGUCAAGAACACAAGAGUGUACAGUGUGGAUAUCCCUGAGCAGCGCAGUGAUCCUCCCAAGUACCCAACUGAAAAGAGCAGCCCUGCAGGUUGUGGUGGAGGGGUUGGAAGUGGAGGAGGUGGUGGAGUAGGAGGCUGCAACGGGAAUGGAAUGGGAAACAUAAAUGGUGGUGGUGUGAGUUUGAAUGGGGGCGGAAUGGGGUGUAAUAACGGGAGUGGAGGUGGAGGAGGAGUGGUUGGCCCUGGACAGCAGCAGCAGCAGCACCACUUGGAGGUUCAGCCAGACUACCACAGCUCUGAGCACCGCCACUCCUUCCCCGCACUCUAUUAUGAAGGCGGCAAUGAAUCACCUUCACCGGCCCAAAAGGCCUCAUUUCUCAAGCCACUGGGGCGCACCAAGAGGGAUGCCACAGCCACCUACUCCCAGCUCUCACCUUCUCGUCACCACAACUACAACUCUGGUUACUCCUCCAGUCCAGAGUACUCAUCUGAGAGCACACUGCGAAUCUGGGAGCGAUUCCGACCUUACAAGAAAAGCCCCAGAGAGGAAGCAUCCUAUAUAGCAGCAGGCCAUGCCCUGCGUAAGAAGGUGCAGUUUGCCAAGGACGAGGACCUUCAUGAUAUUUUGGACUACUGGAAGGGUGUCUCUGCCCAGCAGAAGCUGUGA